CAUAUUUUGACAUUUACAAUAAAACGCAAAAAAUUAGUCAUCGCUCGACAAAUUUUCAAGUUUUUGUUAGAGAUAUCUAAGCCGUUCAAACAAACAAACUAGUUCACACUCAACCAAAAUGAAUCGACUUUUUGGCAAGGCAAAGCCUAAAACACCUGGCCCAUCGAUAAACGACUGUAUCGCAGGGGUGGACACCCGUGCCGAGGGCAUUGAACAGAAAAUUGCAAAACUAGAUAAUGAGCUCCGUAAAUAUAAGGAACAAAUGGCCAAGAUGCGUGAAGGUCCGUCCAAGAAUAUGGUCAAGGCGAAAGCGUUGCGUGUCCUGAAGCAGAAGAAACAAUACGAAAAUCAAGUGGAAAGUCUGCGCAAUCAAUCGUUCAACAUGGAACAGGCCAAUUUCGCGGCACAAAGCUUGAAGGAUACGCAAGCAACGGUUGCGGCCAUGAAAGAUGGCAUGACUUCAAUGAAAAAGGAAUUCAAGAAGAUCAACAUCGAUCAAAUCGAGGAUAUACAGGACGAUAUGGCUGAUAUGCUGGAGCAGGCCGAUGAAGUACAGGAAGCAUUGGGCAGAAGUUAUAAUAUGCCCGAAAUUGACGACGACGAAUUAGCAGCUGAAUUGGAUGCAUUGGGUGAUGAAAUCGCGUUGGACGAUGAUGCGAGCUACUUGGAUGAUGUUGUCAAAGCACCAGCGAUACCUGAUAAGGAGCCAGGUGCCGACAGUGUCCGAAAUAAGGAUGGAAUUUUGGUCGACGAGUUCGGUUUGCCACAGAUUCCAGCUUCCGUUAAGACGUCUUAAGAAUAAACUAAAAGUGAUCGAUGCGACUAGCACACAUUUAUUGCCUUCAAUUAUGAUGUUAAUAGUCACAGCUGCUUCUUUGUAAGAAAUUUUAUUUUCGUUUUUUUUGUAUUUAAAUUCAUCGUUGCACUGCAAUAAAACC